CGCCGCCUGCGAGGGCUCCGGCUGCCUUGCCGGCCGCCUGCCCUCCUUCCUUCCCUCCCUCGCUCUCCGCAGCGGCGGCGCCGCCAUCAUGAAGGCCAUCGUCCAACGCGUCACCCGGGCCAGCGUGACAGUUGGUGGGGAACAAAUAAGCUCCAUUGGACGAGGCAUUUGUGUACUCCUGGGUCUGUCUGUGGAAGACACGCAGAAGGAACUUGAACACAUGGUUCGAAAGAUAUUAAACCUCCGCGUGUUUGAAGAUGAAAGCGGGAAGCACUGGUCUAAAAGUGUCAUGGACAAGCAGUACGAAGUGCUCUGUGUCAGCCAGUUCACUCUGCAGUGUGUUCUGAAAGGCAACAAGCCCGAUUAUCACAUGGCAAUGCCCACAGACCAAGCCGAAACCUUUUACAAUAGCUUCCUGGAACAGCUCUGCAAAACGUACAAGCCAGAGCUCGUUAAAGAUGGCAAAUUUGGUGCCCACAUGCAGGUCCAUAUCCAGAACGACGGGCCCGUGACCAUAGAACUAGAGUCCCCCGCAGCUCCCAUUGAUUCUAAGCAGCUGGCAAAACUCGAGAAACAGCAACAGAGGAAAGAGAAGACCAGACCGAAGGUGCCCUCUGAAUCUAGCAGAGAGAGGAAUGUUCCCAGAAGUAAAAACGACCCCAGUGCCAGCAGUGGAGCAGAGGGAGACGUCUCUUCGGAAAGGGAACCUUAGCUGAUCAAAAAUUAGGGUCAGGUCAAAGCUACGUGACAAGCUGCUGGUGACCUUCAGUCCUCGUUAGCGGAUGACACCCAAUUCCCUAUCCCAAAACAUUUGAGGCGGAAAGCAAGAGAGAAACCGGAAGUUCAGGACCGCCGUCACUCUGUCUUCACGGCCAGCCCACCAAAGGAAUGUUGCCUGUAUCCAUUGCUAACGUGUUGAAAGGUGGAGGUGGUAAAUCAUACAUUUUCCGUCCCUUUGGGUCAAUUCUUACCUUGCCGUGGUGGUCACUUCUGCAGGGUGGCUUCCCACACCAGUGGGGGAGUAACUGCGUCAUCUGCCUGUCCCACUCAGUUGAUCAAACAUGCUCGUUCCUGUCAGUGUCCGUCCCACUCAUCCGCUGACGCAGGUAUGAACCCUUUGCCGUCCUGCAGGGCUUGGAACUGGGGGGGGGGGAGACAGGGGAUCCUGCUUAAAGUCUCACAUUCCUUUGGAGCUGCUCUCAGUGCCUUGGACAUACAAGGCACCCGUAGGAACAGUCCCUUUCCCAGGUCCAAGGGGCGGAGGAGUCUUGGGCCCACGUGCUCCACCGUUUCCAGAGCCACGUCAUGCACCUUAGAAGCACAGCGUUGCCCAGAUGAGCUCCCGUUCUUUUCCCGAUCUUGUAGUUGUGGGGAGGGGGAGCCGGGGGGUUGUCCCGGAACCUUUAUGUCCCUUCUGAGUGCCUCCGAAAAAUCGCCACAGCAUCAGAAACGGCACACCAUUCCUCGCAUGCAUGCACACAAAACACACCCAUCCCUUGGGGGUUCUGCCCGGCGUGGAUCUGUGGCGCCGUACAGAAUUUGUGGAUCCCUCAUUCCUGGUUACAGAUGGGAUUGGGGUGGCGUGGGGGCCGGAAACCACGCCACAGUCCUCACGUAACCACGGUUCCUUUGGUUUCAGCCAGGCCCUGCGUUAUUUUGGUGUCGCGGAAGUUGCAGCGGGCUGACUCCACAACACCUCCAUGAGAAGGCAAGAAGCCCCGGGCCACGUGGGAGGAGCCACGUUGCACCCCUCCCAGCACACGGGAAAAGAACCCUAGCCUAGGCCCGGGGCUCCCCACGGGGUAAGGAGCACUGCUGCAUCCGCUCCCCAGCUGGCUUAGACUAGGAGAGGAAGGGCAGAGCUUUCGAAUACAGAGCCGUGGUUUCUGUGUGCAGGCCAGAGCAGCGCUGGGACAACGGAUCAGAUGAUCCAUUUUGAUAAAACUCAGCUUCCCCCCCCCCCCUCGUGCUUUCACUUGAACUCAAAAAAAAGCAAGCUUCUAUUUUGAUGUACGGUGUCAUCUGGUGUCUCUUUUCAUAGCACUGAACACAAAACGUGUGCACAUUGACUGUGUAUUUUGUGUGUGUGUGUGUGUGUCUGGCUGUACAGCCUUUGUGGAAAACAUGUAAGCAGAGCACAUCUGCCAGUUAUUUAUCCUGUGAACUGUGUGUGCCUGUGUGUUUUAUGUCCUUUGAACUUUUUUCAAAAGGGGGGA